AUCAACUUCUGGUGUGCUGGGGGAGCUGCUGCGGACGGUCAGGUGGGAGGAAGAAGUCUCUGGUUGGUGUAGGUCCCCAAGAGGGAGGAAGCCUGAAGAAGAAUGGCCAGCUCCACUUCUCACCACAUGGUCUGUGGGUCAGUGACAUUUAGGGAUGUGGCUGUUAACUUCUCUAAGGCGGAGUGGGCCUGCCUGGAUGCUGCUCAGAAGGCCCUGUACAGGGACACGAUGUUGGAGACCUACAGCAACCUCGUGGCAGUGGUGGGAAGCUGCAUUUCCAAGCCCGAUCUGAUCAUCUUACUGGAGCAGCAGAAAGAGCCCUGGAUGGCUAUGAAGGAAGUAACACACAGGCUGAGUCCAGAUGUGGAGGCAUGUGUUGAAGCUGAAAAUAUAUCUUCAGAGAGUCAUAUUUCUGAUACAAAUUUAUACAGACAGAGCAUAAAGCAAUUCAGUAAAACUUUUGACCUCAAAAAGUCUACCUUUAGUAAUGGCCCCAACUGUAGUACAUUCAGUGGACUACAGGGUUAUCAAGAAGGAGAUGCUGAUGAAAAGGUUGCUAACGAGGCAGAAAUGCCUCAUACCUGCCAUCCUUUUGCUCACAACAUAGAAAAGCCAUAUGAAUGUAAAGAGUGUGGGAAGUGCAUUGAUUGUAGUUCAACUCUUACUCAGCAUCAGAGUAUUCACACUGGAGAGAAGCCCUAUGAAUGUAAGGAGUGUGGGAAGGCCUUCAGACUCUACCAGGUGCUUCGAAGACAUCAGAUGUCGCACAGUGGUGAGAAGCCUUACAAAUGUAAGGAAUGUGGAAAGGCUUUUCAUCUUCCUGCCCUGCUCAAGUACCAUCAGACCAUUCACACAGGUGAAAAACCUUUUGAAUGUGAAGAGUGUGGGAAGUCCUUCAAGCGUAUCUCCCACCUUGUUGAACAUAGGACAGUUCAUGUUGAUGUGAAACCCUAUGAGUGUAAUGACUGUGGGAAAGCCUUUAAACGUCGUUCACACCUUAUACAACAUCAGAGAAUUCAUUCUGGUGAGAGACCCUUUCAGUAUAUGGAAUGUGGAAAGACCUUCACUGUUCUGGCACAGCUCACUCAACACCAGAACAUUCAUACUUCAGAGAAAUUUGAAUGUGAGCAUUGUGGGAAGAUAUUUAAUAGUCGCUCUUACCUUGUACGACACCAGAGUAUUCAUACUGGUGAGAAACCCUUUGAGUGUAAUGUAUGUGGCAAGGCUUUUAGGCUUCAGGCAUACCUUAAUGAGCAUCAGAAAACUCACACUGAUGAGAAACCUUUCAAGUGUAAGCUCUGUGAGUCAACCUUUAGACGUAAGUACCAGCUCAGUGAACAUCAGAAAAUUCAUACCAACGUGAAACCCUAUCAGUGCAAAGAAUGUGGGAAAUGCUUUCGUCGACGUUCAAAUUUUACUGAGCAUCAGAGUAUUCACACCGGAAAGAAACCCUUUGAGUGUAAGGAAUGUGGGAAGGUCUUUAGACUUAAUAUACAUCUCAUUCGACAUCAGAGUUUUCAUAGUGGUAAGAGACCUUUUGAAUGUAAUGAAUGCGGAAAGGGCUUUCAUUUUUCCAGCCAGCUUAAUUACCAUAAAACCAUUCAUACAAGUCAGACACCUUUUAAAUGUAAAGAAUGUGGGAAGUCCUUCAAGCGUGCCUGCAGCCUUUUGGAACACAGGGUUAUUCAUGCUGCUGUGAAACCAUAUGAAUGUAAUGAGUGUGGGAAAACCUUUAAUCGUCGAUCAAACCUCAUGCAACAUCAGAAAAUUCAUUCUGGUGAGAGACCCUUUCAGUGUAAGGACUGUGGGAAGGCCUUCACUGUCCUGGCACAGCUCACACGGCACCAGACUAUUCACAAUGGAGAGAAGUCAUUUGAAUGUGAGCAGUGCGGGUCAGCCUUCAGACUUCAGUACCAACUUACUCAACAUCAGAGAAUUCAUAAUGAUGUGAAACCGUUUCAGUGCAAGGAAUGUGGAAAGGGCUUUGUUCGUGGUACAGCUCUUAGAAUCCAUGAAAGAAUCCAUACCAGUGAGAGGCCCUUUCAGUGUGAAGAAUGUGGAGAAGCCUUUCAAUAUCAUUACCAAUUUCUUGGACAUUUUAGAAUUCAUACUGGCAGGAAGCCUUAUAAAUGUAAAGAAUGUGGGAAGUACUUUGCUCGUGGUGGAGACCUUAAAGUACAUGAAAAAAUUCACACUGGUAAGAAACCAUAAUAAUGUUAAGAAUGUGGAAAGGCCUUUAGUUCAAAAUCAAGCUUGGUUUGAAGUGCUAAAAUUCGUAUUAAUAAGAAACCUUAUGGUGUAAGGUGCCUGGAAAGACCGUCAUUAAUUCUAAGCUAGCUGAAUUCAUACUGCUAAGAAAAUGUUAAUCCCACCGGUGGAGAAUAAGACCACACCGCAGUUUAAGCCAAAUGUGAAGUAAGCUGUGGAUACUGGCCAGGGGAUGGGCUCUCUGGCCAGGUGAUGGGCUCUCUGGCCAGGUGAUGGGCUCUCUGGCCAGGUCCAGCUUUGCCUCUUCAGAAAUAACCAUGAGUUCCACCUUGCAGGGGCUUAGCAAGGCAGCCCCACAAGGCCACAGUAUUGUCCACCAGGUACAAGCAGGGCAAGCAUAUAAUCUGACUUAUUUCCUACCUAUAUACCUUCUGCUUACAUAUCAAAUCGGGGGCUAGGGUACAUCCUAAUAUAUCUCCUUCACAUCUACUUCCUCUCCAGUUUGUGAUCAAGCACAUCUAGUAUAGUUGGGGCAAACAAACUCAUUAAGGGGAAUGAAAAUGUGGCUUGUUAUUGCCCCAAAACAAUAGCCUCCAGUAUUUCAGGAAUUAUUUGACCUUGGGCAAGGGGGCUUACAGGUUAGCAGCAUUUUUGUUUCAUGGGUCUUUUAGGCACAGUAAUUAAAACUUGAAAUGUAGCUUUGGCUCUCACAAAACCCUGUGAAGGUAAGAAAUGUGGGUAAAUGUUUGUAUUUAGUUCAGCCUUUACUACACAUUGGAGAAUCCAUACUGGUUUGAAACCCUUAUCUCUGUAAAUAAUGUAGAAAGACCUGUAAUUAGACCUCAAGCCUUCUUCAUAAUAAAGUAAUCUGUGCUGUCAAACACUAUGACUGCAAAGCAAUGUGGGAACAUUUAUAGAAUUAGCUCAGCUCUCAAAGCUCAUCAGAGAGUCCACAUAGAUCUGAGACCCCCAUGGAUGUAAAGACUGUGGGUAAGCCUUUAUUGUAAAUGGUGAACUUAUACAAUAUCAGAAAAUCCAUCUUCAUCAGAAGUCCUAUGCAUGUAAGGGAAGUGGACAACCCUUUGAAAAUUUUAGUGAUCAUCAUAGAACUCAUAUUGGCAAGAUUGUGACUUAAAAGAAUGUAGGAAGGACUUUAAUGCUCUAGGAUUUGGUCAACAUCUGAAUAUUCAUAUACUCUUCAUGCCAAGAAACCAUUUGAGAAUGAGAGUGCAGGAAGUCUGUUGUUCAGAAAAGAUAACUCUUGCAAGAAUGUUGUUGACUUACUCUCAUCUUGUUAAAUCUUUUUUUUUUUUUUUAAUUUGGUUUUUUCGAGACAAGGUUUCUCUGUGUAGCCCUGGCUGUCCUGGAACUCACUCUGUAGACCAGGCUGGCUUCAAACUCAGAAAUCCACCUGCCUCUGCCUCCCAGAGUGCCUGUAAAGGCGUACACCCCCACCGCCAGGCUCAUCUUGUUAAUUCUUAACCAAACACUACUCAGUCAAUUUAGUAAGAGCAGUUAUUGGAACUAGGAUUAUCUGUAGUAUCUUCUUUGUCACCAUUAAUAUCCAGGGCUCCUGUAAUAUUAGACUGGAUGUUUAUUUUUGCAUAGUUUAUUAAUGGUGAGCACAGUACUAGACAAACUUGUGGAAACAGGGUUAUAAUAGAUAUAAAAUCCUUGAGAAUAUUUGGUUCAUGUUCUGUAAAGUAGCUUUUACAGUGUUCUUGUUUCAUGGGCAUUACUGUAACUGAUAUGAAAGACAAGUUGUAUUGCAGAUAAUUUAGAAAAGCCUUAUGCAAUCCUCCAGUAUUAAAUUCCAAAUACUUCCUUAUGGAUAAAAAAGUCCAUGAAAAACAUCUUCAUUUCUAAUCCAUUCCUUAAGCUUUUGUGCAGAGAUGUCAAAAACACAGCUGUUGGUGAAUAAGCACUCUUUAAAGGAUUUAAACACAUGUAACUUUCAAAGGGUAAAAUCAUGUAAUUUAUGCUUCCUGCCCAGAUCAUUAAGAUAAAAUACAUUUGUGACAGGGAAAGACAAUGCAGCCUCCUCUAUCUCAUAUUUUUGUGAAAAAUUACCCAACUCUAUGAACCAGAGGUCAAGGUGCCCUUGCUAAUUUAUCAUGGCUUCUGUCAAACUGCCUGCAUAUGCAAAGCUCUCCUUUCAGCUAACCUCUUGUCUUGGCUUCUGUUAAACUGCCUGCUUGUGCAAAAGCUUCCCCUGCAGCUGUUGAAAAAAUAACAGAAUGUAGUUUUUUGCUUUUGACUGCCCCUUAUUCUAUAAACACUUGGAGCUAUACUCAGAUCGCAAAUACCUGAGUGUAGUCCCAGACAACUGGAAUAAAGUCAGUUGGCUAAAACUGUGUCUCAGUGAUCUUCUCUGGUGGGAUUUCCAUAAAAUAUUAACAAAAAUACCCACAAUGGAAACCACUUAUGUUGCAGGAAAUAUUAAAAAACGACCUGCCAACUCUCCUGCCCCACCAGGCCAUGUUCCCACUCUAGUACCGGCACUGGCGGGCCACAACACUAUGUCCCAGCGGGGUCCUCUUUGGUGUCUUCUCAGUGCCGGGCUACUCUCUCCCAGCUAGCCCCUGUAGCAUCCCAGCUGUGUUCCCAGCUCUGGCUUGCUUGUUCCUGGAGCCACUAGUUCCCUCUCCACCAUAAACAUAAACCCCUGUAAUCAGCGGUCCCACAUUCCAGUAACCAAGUAAAUCAGAACUCUUAAAGCUUAAUUAACCAGUCAGAUUUAUAUAUCAAUAAAAUCACAUUUACAAGAUGACAGUACGGUAAUUUCAUAGCCAAUUGAUAAUGAUAAAAGCUUAAUCCUAAAUUUUUUUUUUGGGGGGGGGGUGGUUCAAGACAGGGUUUCUCUGUAUAGCCCUGGCUGUCCUGGAACUCACUCCGUACACCAGGCUGGUCUUGAACUCAGAAAUCCACCUGCCUCUGCCUCCUAAGUGCUGGGAUUACAGGUGUGCACCACCACUGCCCAGCGGAUACCAAUAUUUCUAACCUUGUGAAAUCAUAGCUACUUGUGCCUGUUAAAACCAUGUGGGAUCAAGAUCCUCUUCCUGUCUGUCUGCUUCCAUGUUGGCUUCUCUCUACUCUGAGACACCCUUUGUCUUUGCAACUCUUGGCUCUGCCUCCUUCCCCUCCCCCCCCCAUCCAAUUACAGGCCUCCUCUUUACUAAUGUUAUUGGACAGGGAAAAUCCUAUGACACUUACAAGAAUACGUAUGAGAAAAUUUUCAUACAUAUGGAAAAGUUGGAAGAAUCAAAACCACACUUAUGUGUCCUCACCUGGAUUCAAAAGUGUUAACAACUUUCUAGGUUGACUCUGUCAUUCAUAUAUAUAUAUAUACAUACACGCACAUAUAUAUAUACACACACACACACACACAGGCAUUUAGGGCUCAGACACUAAGAAUAUGUUUGGGGGGGGGGCUGGAGAGAUGGCUCAGCAGUUAGUACUGUCUGCUCUCCCAGAAGACCCCCAGGUUCAAUUCUUAGCACCCACCUGGCAAUUCACAAACUGUCUGUAGUUAGAGUUCUAGGGCAUCUGACACCCUCAUACAGACAUACAUGCAAGCAGAACACCCCAGUGAAUAUAAAAAUAAAAGUAUAUUUUAGAGUUGGGGAUAUGGUAGUUUAUGCCUAAAUUCCAGUACUUGGAAACCUGAGGCAGGAGGAUCAUAAGGUGGAGACAAAUCUAGCUAUCUAUCUAGUGACUUCAAGUCCAACUUUGCUGUCUAGGGACCCUUUGUCAAAAAAAGAAAACAAGUUCUAGACAUAACAUUUUAUCCUUUACUCCAUUAGCCAGCAAUGGAAUGUCAUUUAUAACACAGAGCUGUAAUUAUUCUUAAGGAAAUAAUCCAGGAUUUUACAACUUUCAGAAAUAUUUCAUUGGCUUCCAAACUGUCAUUUUUUACAAAUGUAUAUAUCCUUCAGGUAGGGUGGUGUAUGCCUUUAAUUCCAACAUUUUGGAGAUAGAAGAAGGCAGAUCUCUUCGAGUUCAAGGCCAGCCUGGUUUAUAGAGUGAGUUCCAGGAGAGCCAGGGCUACAUGGAGAAACCCUUUCUCUAUAAGCAGAGCAAAAACUAAAACCCUAUCCUAUAUAUAUAGGAUAUAUGCAUAUAUCCUAAGGAGAAGCCAGUGUAGAUAUAGAUUUGGCCAUUUUGAUUCAAACCACAGUGUCUUCCUACACGGAUAUAAGUGCACUUUCUGUGUGCCUGUUGCCUGAGGGGCCUAGAAGAAGAUGUCAGACGCCCCUGGCUGCAGCCCAGCUAAUCUAACAAUGCCAGCUGUGGAUGGAGUCCAAGAAUCUAGUGGUUGCUCAGUCCCACAAGGCGGGAUGCCUCAGCUGGUCUUAAGUAUAUGCUGGAAUAUCAACAUAGGCUCCAGUGCUCGCUAAACAUGGCAGUGGUAGCAAGGGGAAGGCAAGCAGAUUCACUCAGCUCAAAACCAAGCAGAAAAUCUCUCACAAGUGUGCCCUCAAUUUCUGGAUUGUAGUUUAUUGCUGAUGUAGUCAAGUUGACAACCAUGAAUCACACCACUAAAAAUAUAAGUUAGCUGAAAGGAAGAUAUCUAUCACCCUGUACAAUACUGUAUGGUCACACUUCUACUACAUAGAAGCAUAGGUGAGCAUGUGUGUAUGUUACAGGAUGCUGUGUGGUCAAGUCUGUGCAAUGUUGAAAUGUGUGUGUUUCAUCAAUGUCAGUAAUUGACUGAGUAAUAAAUGUACAACCUUUGUCUCACUGAUUACAAUUUGUCAAGUAAUCCCAAUUUUGCUUAAUUGGGAUAGCUGGUUGGUGACAUUAACAAGUUCUUUUAUUCCAA